AUGUUUGAUUACUUUUCUGGGUUAUUUACUGCGUCAGAUACAAAUUGGGAGAGGAUCAUCUCAGGGGUUCAAAGGAAGAUUACAGAUGAUAUGAAUCAGACUCUGUUGGCCAGGAUUGAUAAGGAUGAAGUGAAAGAAGCGUUGUUCCAGAUGCACCCAGAUAAGGCCCCAGGUCCAGAUGGCUUCAACCCAGGUUUUUACCAAAAAUACUGGGACAUUGUGGGAUCUGACGUUUAUCAAGAUGUUCUCAAUUUUAUGGAGAAAGGAGAUUUCGGCACUCAACUGAAGGAGACCAAUAUUGUAUUGAUUCCAAAGACGUCUGCCCCCCAAUUCAUGUCUGACCUACGACCAAUUGCACUGUGCAACGUGGUUUAUAAGAUUGUGUCCAAAGUAUUGGCUAAUAGACUGAAGAACGUAUUACACCAUGUCAUCUCUGAGGCCCAGAGUGCGUUUAUUCCAGGUAGACUUAUCACUGAUAACAUCUUAGUGUCUUUUGAAGUAAUGCAUUAUAUGAAGAGAAAGAGGGCAGGAAAAGAAGCAUUUAUGGCCAUCAAGCUCGAUAUGAGCAAGGUGUAUGAUAGAGUGGAAUGGGGUUUUCUGGAAGCAAUGCUGCAGAAGAUGGGGCUACAUGCAAGAUGGGUUGAUCUGAUAAUGAGGUGUGUCAGUGGGGUGCGUUAUACAAUUACCACAGAAGGAAAGGAGAUUGGCCCUAUUAUUCCUAGUAGAGGGCUCAGACAAGGCGACCCUCUUUCGCCGUAUCUCUUUCUUAUAUGUGCCGAAGGGUUAUCUACUUUAUUAUCUGAUUUUGAGAGGCAAGGGAAAAUUCGGGGUUGUAAGGUUGCCCGAGCGACUCCUUCUAUUUCACACAUGUUUUUUGCGGAUGAUAUUUAUCUGUAUUGUAGGGCUACGGCUGAGGAGGCGUAUCAUGUUGUGGAUGCUCUAAGUAUCUUUCAGAGAGCUUCAGGCCAACAAGUCAAUUUAAACAAGUCUUCAGUCUUUUUUAGCUCUAAUGCAGGGGAGGCGUGCAGGAGAGAGAUGUGUUCUAUUUUAAAUAUGCAGGAGGCCGAUGAACACAGCAUGUAUUUGGGUCUUCCUAACAUUUUGGGUAGAAGGAAAAAUGCUAUAUUGGGGUUCUUAAAAGAGAGGAUGCGUUCAAAGAUUCAGUCUUGGGAAAAUAAAUUUUUAUCUAAGCCAGGGAAAGAGACACUCAUUAAAUCGAUUGCACAGGCCCUCCCCUCAUAUGCAAUGGGUGUGUUUCUUAUUCCUAAGGGCAUGUGUGAGGAUAUGGAGAAACUGAUGUGUAAGUUUUGGUGGAAAUCAGGUUCAAGCAAUAACAGAGGGGUUCAUUGGAGCAGUUGGGAGAGACUAUCUAUUCACAAGUCAAAGGGUGGGAUGGGGUUUAGGAGUUUACAGGACUUUAAUCUUGCCCUUCUCAGCAAGCAAGGAUGGAGAUUAUUAUGCAAACCCCAUUCUCUUGUUGGAAGACUUUUUAAGGCAAGGUAUUAUACAAAUGGGUCUUUUCUUGAAGCAGAAAUGGGUAGUAACCCAAGUUAUGUGUGGAGGAGUAUAUUUGAAGCACGCUCUUUGGUCGUUGAAGGAGCCCGUUUGAAGGUAGGAAAUGGGUCAUCAAUUCGAAUGGGUCAUGAUCCCUGGCUCCCGAAGGCUACCCAUCGUACGCCGCUUAGUCUUCAUCCAGAGCUCACUAACAACUUGGUGCAAUCACUCAUGAUUCCAGUUUCCCUUGUGUGGGAUAGGGACCUGGUUCGUGACAUAUUCUCACCAGAAGAUGCCGAAAUUAUACUGAGUAUUCCUCUGAGUUUAGAUCGUCUAGAGGAUUCGUGGUAUUGGGUGUUAGAAAAAUCAGGGCUAUUUUCUGUAAAUAGCGUGUACCGUGUGUUGCAGGAUCGAAAGGAGGAGGCGGCAUUGGGUCUGAACUGUGUUCGUCUGUUUGGGGGUUCUUUUGCAGAGUGGAUCGAGCAAACUUGGCUGCUCCUGGAUCAAACUCGUAGGCAAUCAUUAGUCAUGCUCUGUUGGGGGUUGUGGAAAGCUCGUAACGACUUGGUGUGGCGCAAUAAGAGGUUAGCUCCGAAUUCUGUUGUUGUGGUGUCCAACUCGGUCUUCAAUCAGUGGUCCCAGGCUCAACAUAAAUCUGAUAUCCCUACUGCUGCUUAUCUAACAGAUGCAGAUGGGGUGGAAAAAUGGCAGUGUCCGAAUCCAGGAAGUGUUAAAGUCAACAUGGACGCAGCUCUAUUCCCAGAUUUGGGUACCUACAGUUUCGCGUGUUUGGCUCGAGAUGAACUUGGGCAUCCUAUAGAAGCUUUGUCUCGCUGUUUCAAUGGGCAUGUGGCACCCGAGUUGGCAGAAGCUAUGGGCUUUAGGGAGGCAUUAAGCUGGAUAAAGAAGUAUAAUUGGCCGCGAGUGAUACUUGAAUCCGACUGCCUACUGGUCAUCCAAGCACUUAGAAGUAACGUUUCUAUGUUGUCUUAUUUUGGAGAUGUUAUUUCAGAGUGUAAGACUAUAUGGAAUAGUUCUAAUAAUGUUUCUUGUAUGUUUGUUAAACGGUCUGCGAAUAAAGCCGCUCAUGCUAUUGCUAAGGCGUUUUAUUCCCCAGCUGAUCGUAUCUAUAAGGAGGGGGAGUUCCCAUCCUCUAUCUUGAAUGUAAUCCUUGGUGAUGCUUUUUAA